AUGUUCAAGACUGGUUGCUCACCUUUUUGGAGAAAUUUUGUUAGGUUUCAAACUAACGGUCCUGUUUCUGAAAGUUUGAACGGUGGUCAAAAGCUGCCAAUCAAUGUGGAAGCGGUUUACCAUAAGCCUUUGAGGAUGCCAAUCACCCACGGAGAUUUGAUUGCAGACAUUCAGUUGCGUUCUUAUGACCACGAGAAUCUGGAUUUCUACUCGGACUUUAUGCUGAGGACUGGGUUCUACCUAGGUAUGCCUUUGACCGGACCAAAACCUCUUCCUACGAGAAGGGAAAGGUGGACAGUUAUAAGAUCUCCCUUUGCGCAGGCUAAAUCCAAGGAAAACUUUGAGAGACACACACACAAACGGUUGAUUCGGGUGUGGGACACAAAUGCUGAGGUUUUGGAACUGUGGCUUGGCUACAUUUCUAAACAUUCCAGCCCGGGUGUCGGAAUCAAAUGUAACGUUUAUCAAAAAGAGGGCAUUGAACUGCAACAAACGCUGAAACAAAGCUCAAUGUUAACAGGAGCACACAAAUCACAAUCGCUGGACGAGGCAGUGGGUGAAAAAGUAUUGGAGCUGCUUAAUAACGAGGAUUUUAAAAAGCAUAUGUGA